CCUCCAUGGCCAAUUUUCAAACCCCGCGUCUUCCCCUUCUGACUGUUUUUGUGAAGUUAUCGCAGACCGACGUUGCGAUCGCAGCAACCCAUACUUUGGACAAUUCGCUAAACAAGUUGCUUGUUGCUAUACACACAUUCUCUCUCUCUCUCGCACCAUUUCAAUCCAUACCGGACGCCAUGGCUACGAUUGAUAUCGUUCUCGGCGCCCAGUGGGGUGACGAGGGCAAGGGAAAGCUGGUCGAUGUCCUUGGACAAGACGCGCAGAUUUGCGCCAGAGCUCAGGGCGGACACAAUGCUGGUCACACUGUCAUCGUCGAUGGCGUCAGCUACGACUUCCACCUUCUCCCCUCUGGUCUCCUGCACCAAAAGUGCAUCAGUCUCAUCGGAUCCGGCGCCGUCGUCCACGUUCCGACCUUCUUCAAGGAGAUGGCCGACCUCGAGGCCAAGGGCCUGAAGAACAUCCGCGACCGCCUCCUGGUGUCCGACCGCUGUCACAUCAUCACCGACUGCCACAUCCAGGUGGAUGGAUUGGAGGAGCAGGAGCUGGGUGGCAACAGCAUCGGCACCACCAAGCGUGGUAUCGGCCCGACCUACAGUACCAUGGCCGCCCGCAACGGUAUCACCAUCAGCGAGAUGUUCGACGAGGAGCUCUUUGAGCACAAGCUUCGCCAGCUCGCUCAGGGCUUCAAGAAGCGCUUCGGUGAUCUUCUCGUCUACGAUGUUGAGGACGAGAUCAAGCGCUUCAAGCAGUACAGGGAGGACCUUCGCACGUUUGUUGUCGAUGCCGUUCCCAUCAUUGCCGACGCCCAGAAGAACGGCAACAAGAUCCUCGUCGAGGGUGCCCAGGCUGUCAUGCUUGACUUGAACUUCGGUACUUACCCCUACGUCACAUCAUCAAACACUGGCCUCGGCGGUGUCUUCACUGGUCUCGGUCUCAACCCUAGAAAGAUCAACAACGUCGUCGGUGUCGUCAAGUCCUACACCACCCGCGUCGGUGGCGGUGGUUUCCCCACGGAACUCCUCAACGAGACGGGUGAGAAGCUCCAAAAGAUUGGCCACGAAAUCGGCGUCUCCACCGGUCGCUCUCGCCGCUGCGGCUGGCUCGACCUGGUUGUUAUCAAGUACUCGAACGACCUGAACCACUACACCGCUCUCAACGUCACCAAGCUCGACAUCCUCGAUACCUUCCCCACCAUCAAGGUCGCUGUCGGCUACAAGAACAAGCACACUGGCGAGGACUUCGCCUCCUUCCCUGCUAACAUCAGGGCCCUUGACGACGCCGAGGUCGUGUACGAGGAGCUCGAGGGCUGGAACACGCCCACGACGGGCGCCAAGACGUACUACGACCUGCCCAAGCAGGCUCGCGCGUACGUUGAGUUCAUUGAGAAGUUUGUCGGUGUCAAGGUCGUCUGGAUCGGCACUGGCCCCAAGAGAGAGGACCUCAUCUUCCGUGGAUACUAGAUGCAGGUUUCUAUGUGCUUUAGGCGGAAAAUGAACCCAAAGGAGGGGUUUACAUCACAAAAAGAUGAGACAUUGAGUCUCCAUGGAAUUAUCGAUAGAACUUCGAUUUGCACCUGAAAACAAUAGAUCGCACACAAGACCACAAUCUUCGAGACUUGCUCGUACACUACAAAGCUUCUGUUAUUUUUCCAGUCUCCAAUGCCGAUUUCUAGCAGGCGGAUCCAAAGACUCAACAGUGCAAUUCGUUUCACCCAAGCAAGACAAGAAGUCAAUUGGAACGGUGACCACAUUGUGUCUGCACUCAACCACACUUUGAUCAAAUUCCAAUGUCAUCAUCACAACCCCACCCCUAAACCUGAC